CCGCCUACGAGAGGAACACGAAGAGAGAGUGAAGGAACUUGAGGCUCGACUGAACGCUGCCACGUGUCAGCUGCCGGACGAUGACGCAAGAGUACAGCUGGAGAAGAUGUAUAAGGAUCAGGUCGAGCAUUUGACUGACCAGCAGACGCACAACAUGGAGAGACUACGCGAGAGUUGGAAGCCGAGAAAUUCAGAGCCGUCGAGGAGGCCCGGGUGCUGGUGUCGAAGCAUCUGGAGUACGUCAACGCCACGCUCAGGGAACAGCUGACUGAAGCCGUCACGAGUAAUAACAUUUACCGCCAAGAGAGCGAGGCGAUGCGCAUGGCUCUCCAGCGGCGCGAGGAGGUCAUCCAGAGCCUCGAGGAGGACAUGGCCAAGCUCAAGGCGGAGUACGGCCUCAACAAGAGCCCCUCCCACCCUCACUACAUGGCCUCCCAGAGCUCCCUGGCCUCCUCCAACGACUCCAGCAGCACCUCCUCCAGUAACUCGCAGGACCGAGUCAGUCUGUCCGAGUCCAUAGGCGCCUCAGCGGAGGAGGAGACGCCGAAGUCGGGCGGUAGCGGUCUUCUGGGCAAAGUAUUCGGAGGUGGCUGGUUCGGCAGUUCGAAGGCAAAGGAGACACCUCGAAGGGGAAGUGCACCCUCUACGGGUAAUCAGUCGAAAUCUACGUAGUCCUCACAACCUACUCGACCCCCCACCCCCCCUUACACUCUCUCCUCAUACACGCACACACCCCUCCUUGACGUUCUGAAAAGGGGCGGUGUGUACUCGUGUGUUAUGGGGGAGGAGGAGCUACAGAAAAAAAGGGGGCGUGGCUGAAUAUUUACGUCUGACGUCAUCAGCAGCAGAGAUCGUUCGAAGGGCUUGUCUGUUCUCCGUUUCUCGUUUCUUUUUUUUAUUCUCACUUUUUCUCUUACUUUGUCGUCGAGUUCUUGUCUUUGCUUAUGUCUUGGGCUCCUGGUAUAUUUAUUUAUUUAUUCUAUCUUCGAAAGGAAUUGAUUUAUUAUCAUUGGAAUGAAGGACUUUAUCCUGAUUAACUUCAAUCUCUAACUAUAGAGAUGGUUAAUUACGAAGCAAAUUAAGGAAACACCAAAAGAAAAAAAA